AUGGCGGCAGAGCAAAGAAAGCUGCUCGAGCAGCUCAUGGGCGGCGGCGUCGCGUCGCGCGGGGCGCAGCUGUCCCUCAACGACCCCAAGGUGUGCCGCUCGUACAUUGCGGGCACCUGUCCGCACGACCUCUUCACCAACACCAAGCAGGACCUGGGCAUGUGCCCCAAGGUGCACUCGGAGGCGCUCAAGGCCGAGUACGAGGCCCUGUCGCCGGCCGACCGCGCCAGCAAGUACGGCUUCGAGUACGACUACAUGCGCGACCUACAAAAGUACAUUGAGGAGUGCAACCGGCGCAUCGAGAUUGCGCAGCGGCGGCUGGACAAGACGCCCGACGAGAUCCGGCAGACAAACGCCCUGCUGCGCGCCAUUGGCGAGCUGAACAGCGCGAUUGCCGAGGCCCUCGUCGAGGUCGAGGUGCUCGGCGAGGCCGGGCUCGUCGGGCUCGCACUGGACGAGCUCGUGCGCGUGCGGCAGACGACGCAGGCGCGCGUCGACAAGGAGAAGGAGCUCAAGGCGCUGAGCGACACGAGCGGGCCGUCGGGCCACCAGAAGCUGCAGGUGUGCGACGUGUGCGGCGCGUACCUGAGCCGCCUGGACAACGACCGGCGGCUGGCGGACCACUUUUACGGCAAGAUGCACCUGGGGUACGCGCAGAUGCGGAAGACGUACGAGACGCUCUCCAAGGAGGUGCGCGGCGGUCGACGGCCGCCGUUGUCCGUGUCUGUGGGCGGCGGCGGUGGUGAUGGGCCGGACCACGGCGACGGCAGCGCGACGCCCAACUCGGCCAGCGGCGGGUACAGCGACCGGGGAUGGGCAAGGAGUGGUCGGGGUGGUGGCGGCGGUGGGCGGAGGAACCGGCCGAGGUGGUGA